AUGGAUGAGAAAAAUUUCACGCAAGUGACCUACUUCAUUCUGUCUGGAUUUUCUAAUCACCCUGAACUACAAGUCAGCCUUUUCUUAAUAUUUCUCUUGAUCUAUCUGUUCACUGUUUUGGGGAACCUUGGUCUCAUCAUGUUAAUUAGAAUGGACUCUAAACUUCAUACACCCAUGUACUUUUUUCUUAGUAAUUUAGCUUUUAUUGAUAUAUUUUAUACCUCUACAAUAACACCCAAGGCUCUGUUAAGUUUCCAAUCCCACCAGAAAACCAUCUCCUUCGAGGGCUGUUUUGUUCAAAUGUGCUUUUUUGUGGGUUUGGCAGGUAGUGAAUGCUUUCUUCUUGGCUCCAUGGCCUAUGACCGCUAUGUAGCUAUUUGCAAUCCUUUACUGUAUUCAGUAAUUAUGUCACAGACAGUUUGUAACUGGCUGGCAGUAAUGCCAUACGUGAUUGCUUUCACAAAUGCCGUAAUAUCUAUUUAUGUGAUUAGUAGCUUGCCCUAUUGUGGUUCCAAUAUCAACCACUUUUUCUGUGACACCACAGCACUUUUGGCUCUUUCCUGUGUUGACACAUUUAACACAGAGAUAAUGAUCUUUGUGUUAGCUGGGUUCAGCAUUGUGUUUACCCUUUUCAUUAUCGUUGUCACUUACACCGCCAUCAUUUCAGCCAUUCUGAGGAUCCCAUCAGCAGCAGGCAGAAAAAAGGCCUUUUCCACAUGUGCAUCUCACCUCACUGGGGUAACUAUCUUCUAUGGGACCCUGAUUUUCACAUAUUUGCAGCCUGAUAAUUCCUUAUCCCUGACCCAGGCACAGGUGGCCUCUGUGUUUUAUACCAUUGUUAUCCCAAUGCUCAAUCCACUGAUCUACAGUCUCAGGAACAAAGAUGUGAAAGAUGCUCUCCUGAGAGUCAUACUCAGACAUUUUACUGCCAUAAAAAAUCUAUGA